AGGUGGCCGCGGCUCUGGUCGGAAGCGCUGCUGCACGUCGCCCUCUCGGCCUAGCGGCGCUUCUCGCUUCGGCAGCAUGGCCAAGUACGUGGAGCUGUACACGAAGGCGAAGAUGCCCAUUCUGGGUCUGGGUACCUGGAAGGCACCAGCAGGACAAGUAGCAAAUGCAGUCAAGAAGGCCAUUGACGUGGGAUAUCGCCACAUAGACUGUGCCUUUGUGUACCAAAAUGAAGAAGAAGUUGGUAAUGGAAUCCAAGAGAAGAUUAAGGCUGGGGUUGUAAAGCGUGAGGAUAUGUUCAUCGUUAGUAAGCUUUGGUGCACAUUCCAUGAAAAACCGCUGGUGAAGGGAGCAUGUAAGGCAACCCUUGAUGCCCUGAAGCUGGACUACCUGGACCUUUACCUCAUUCAUUGGCCUUUAGGAUUCAAGUCUGGAGAGUCCCUGUUUCCUUCCGAUGAAAAGGGCAUGAUAAUACCUGGUGACACAACAAUUUUAGAGACCUGGGAGGCAAUGGAAGAAUUGGUGGAUGCUGGACUUGUGAAAGCCAUUGGUGUUUCCAAUUUCAAUCAUGAACAAAUUGAGAGUAUCUUGAACAAGCCUGGCUUGAAGUACAAGCCUGCAAAUAACCAGAUUGAGUGCCACCCUUACCUGACUCAGGAAAAGCUGAUCAGUUACUGUCAGUCCAAAGGGAUAUCUGUCACAGCAUACAGCCCCCUCGGCUCUCCCGACAGACCAUGGGCCCAGCCAGGCGAUCCGUCUCUUCUGGAUGAUCCCAGGAUCAAGGAGAUUGCUGCUAAGCACAAUAAAACCGCUGCGCAGGUCCUAAUCCGGUUCCAUAGCCAAAGAAAUGUGAUAGUCAUUCCCAAAUCUGUCACCCCCGCACGUAUUGAGGAAAACUUCAAGGUGUUUGACUUCGAGUUGUCUAAGCAGGAGAUGGAAACCAUCCUUAGUUUCAACCGGAACUGGAGAGCCUGUGCAAUGACCAUGUGCCUCAAUCACAAAGACUAUCCUUUCAAAGCUGAAUAUUAAAAAUCCAAUUGUGCUGGAACUGCAGAGUGAACGCAUUGUGUUGAUCCUUUGGGCUUUAAAAAAAAAUAACUAUCUGGCCUCUCUAUAGAACAACUAUAACCUUUUCCAAUCCAGAUUCAAUGUUUCGAGUGAUGUCAUUUUAAAAACCAUUUGUUGGCCUUCCCUGGUGGGUUAGGAUCCUUUCUGCCAAGAUGAACAGCUGGAAUUCUUGGGAGAUGAAUAACAGCAUCAAACUCUGCUUCUUCUGAAGGCAUAGAGUAGUUUCUCCUCCCAUCUGAAAAGAUAAAGCAUUUAUAAGAGUGUGAGGAAAUCAAUUUCUUAAUGAUUGUGUUUAAAAUUACUGUUUUCGAACACUCUUUCACCUUGACUCCAGACAGAGAGCUUUAAAGCUUCAGCUAUGGCUGUGGUGUGUUUUUUGAGUGAGAUACUUCAUCUUUGGUUUGGAAUGUUUUCUUCUUACAGAAUUUCUAAUAAAAUUAUCUGGUUAUUAC